AUGGCAGGAGAUGGUAUUGCACAAAGUAAACUAAGCAGCAGCUGCUGUAACUGGAAAAUGUUGCUUCAGAUUGCAUUCUUUUUAAUAUGGACUGCAAUAGGAGUGGCAUUCAUUGUAGUAGGUGCCAUACAUAGAUACGGUUGUCCACAGUCACCAUAUAUCCCAAUAUUUAUGAUUGUUGCGGGAGCCUUCAGCUUUGCAUACUGGAUUAUAUUACCAUUGAACUGCUUCUGCCCCACUCUCGGAAAAAUCCUUGCCAUUCUAGUUGGCCUUUUUGUGUUUGCCUGGUUUAUUGCAGGCAGUGUCUGGGUGUUCAGGAUUUAUCGACCAACAGAGCAAGGAUGUCAUCAUGGCAUGUAUUACUUUGUCUUCUCAAUCUUGAUCAUUCAGUGGAUCUUUAUUGGACUCGGGGUCAUUGGCGCUGUGCUGUCUUGCAUUUGCUGCAAGAAUUCAUGUUUUGCUGAACUUUUCAAGUGUUUUAGUUGCUGCCCCUGCUCAGAGGACUCCCAGUGCCUACAAUCCUGCCAGUGCUUACAGUGCUGCAGUUGCCUUGAGAGCUGCAGCUGCCUUGAGAGCUGCAGUUGCCUUCAGUGCUUCAAGUGUUGCCAGUGCAGCAGUUGUUUGAACUGCUCCAUGUGUGCAAAAUGCUGCCGUUGUUUAGAGUGCUGUGCUGCAAAAGCAUGUUAA